GGCAACGGAAUCUUGCCGUGUCUGGGGUUCUAUAUGAGGCUCACAGCCUUAGCAGGCGGUGGGUCAGGAGCUGGAUGCACUUCUGGCCUUCGACAUGCAAGUAUAGAAUCCCCUGGGAUCCCUAGUCUUCUACGUGUCUCUCAACUUCCAGCAAUCUGGACAAAGAAUAUCAGCUUCGAGGACCAUGGAACAGAGUCCCAAGCCCGGCAUUGGAGGCUUGGCGCCGUCCAUGUUGGGUAUUCUCUGGAGUCUGACAGGCAUCACCUUGAUCUUCGUCCUGCUUCGACUCUAUACGCGCAUUAAAAUUGUGCAGUCGUAUGGGCUGGAUGAUCAUUUCUUCAACGCUUCCUUCGUGACCUUUGUAGUCUACGAUAUUAUGAUGACCAUCUCCUCGACAUACGGAUUUGGUCGCGACAUGGACGACAUUAUCAACGACCUCGGACCCGUAGCGGGCAUGGAAGCCAUCACAAAGGCGAUUCUCUACUCCGCCAUCGGGCAAACAGUACUCGUCGUCGGCACGGUCUUGUCAAAAACGUCACUCGCCCUUUUCCUCCUUCGCCUCGUCACGACGCGUCGAAGCCAGAUCGCCAUCUGGGUCCCCGACUUCUUCCUCGCCACAGCUGUCGUUGCUUCGCUCUUUGUCUUCUGGUUCUCCUGCCAGCCGGUGGCCUACCUCUGGGACCGUCGACUCGAUGGGAAAUGCACAAUCGACCCCGGUCCGAUCGCGACGUAUGCGGGCGGCUGGUCCGUGGUCCUCGAUAUCUGGUACGCCGCGUUCCCGUGGUUUCUCCUCUGGAAGCUCAACAUGCCGCGAAAGGAAAAGUGGCUCAUUGCUGUUUCGAUGAGCCUGGGUGUCUUCGCUGCGGCAUGCGGCAUCAAACGAGCGAUCGAGCUGAAGAACCUGGGCAGCCCAAACUAUCUGAAAGACGUGGUGGGCAUUAUCAUAUGGCAUGCAGCGGAGCUCUGCACAACAAUGGUCUGCAUCGGUAUCCCGGUCUGCAGACCCCUUUACAUGAGGUGGCUCGAGGGCUGGGUUUCGACAAAGGAAAGUGGCGACAGCAACAGUCUGCGAGGCGGGUGGAAGAAGGACAAUGGAGAUGACUCGGGGAACAGUGAUGGGGUCUUUGCCAUGCACACAAUCGGCGGAAGUGGUUUCAAGGGGCAGAAAGCCACACGCGACGGACAUGGAGUGAAGGUGACGACGGAGGAUGUUGACUGGCGAGAAGACCUUGGGCCCUCCAAGGAGAGAACCAUCUCUGUGGGCGCAGCGGGAUAUUUGAAUUCGAGCCACGAUUCCAUCUUGCGGCCCGAACCGGGGACUGGAGACAACGAGGAUAGAGGCCCGUCGAGGAUUGAGGUCAGGACUGACUUUCAUGUGGAAGUGGUGGGAGCCACAGGACGACAAAUCGGCUAGCUAGCUUCCCGGCGUUAUUUAUAUGGUUCGAGGAGACCUAAGUCAACGAACCAGCAAAAUGUACGAUUAUAGAAAAGCUUGGCUUAAGGGUUGCUAAAUUAGGUUCGUACAUGUAAUGCGUCCUUCGGUGCCGAACAGUCGGGGAUCAACCGGACAGCAGCGCCCGAAGCUGACGAACCAUUGGUUUGGAGCCGAAGAACCCUGCAGCGAUCUUAACACUAUC